AUGUCAGCUACUACUAAUAGCACAAUUGAUUUCCUACCAAGCACUCACAUUUUUGCAGCAUUUUUAAUGUGCUUACUAGCUUUUGCUAUAAUGCUAGGAAAUGCUGUGGUUAUUUUAGCUUUUGUGGUGGACAAAAAGCUUAGACAUAGAAGUAAUUACUUUUUCCUUAACUUGGCCAUUGCUGACUUCUUUGUUGGUAUGAUCUCCAUUCCUUUGUACAUCCCUCACACGCUGUAUGGUUGGAACUCUGAAAGUAAACUCUGUGUGUUUUGGCUCAUUGUUGACUAUCUGUUGUGUACGACAUCUGUAUAUAACAUUGUACUCAUCAGCUACGAUCGAUACCAGUCAGUCUCGAAUGCUGUAUCUUACAGAGCUCAACACACUGGGAUCUUGAAGAUCGUGGCUCUGAUGGUGGCUGUCUGGGUGCUGGCCUUCUUAGUGCAUGGGCCAAUAAUUCUAGUUUCAGAGUCUUGGAAUAAGACCAGUAUCAGAGUCUCGGAGAAAAAGGAAUGUGAACCUGCAUUCUUUUCCAAAUGGUACAUCCUCGCCAUCACAUCAUUCUUGGAAUUUCUGGUUCCAGUCUUCUCAGUGGCCUAUUUCAACAUAUACAUUUACUGGAGGCUAUGGAAGCGUGGUAAUCUCAGUCGGUGGCAAAGCCAACCUGGACUCACUUCUCCUGCUCCUCCCAGUAACAGUGGACGCUCAUUCAGGGGUGGACGGUUUUCAAGAACAUCUCUUCCUGAACUGAAGGAAAGAGCAACAUCUGUUCCUUUGAAAAGACAUGAAAGAAAGAGCAGUCUCUUGUUUUCUCUAAGAGCCCAGAUGAACAGCAAUAUAAUUGCUUCCAAAAUGGCUUCCCUCUCCCAUUGUGAUUCCCUAUGUCUUCACCAAAGGGAACACAUUGAACUGCUCAGAGCCAGGAAAUUAGGCAAGUCACUGGCCAUUCUCUUAGGUGUUUUUGCCUUUUGCUGGGCUCCAUAUUCUCUGCUUACAAUCAUUCGUUCAACUCAGAAGCCAGAACACCGUCUUCAAACAAUUUGGUAUAAUAUCACCUUUUGGCUUCAGUGGUUCAAUUCCUUUGUCAAUCCUUUCCUGUAUCCAUUGUGCCACAAGCAUUUCCAGAAGGCUUUCUUGAAAAUAUUUCAUGUGAAAAAGCAGCCCACACCAUUACACAAUCGGUCAUUAUCCUCUUAAAGAUGAUUUUAUCGUUUACAAAAAUUUUAGUCUUAAGGUCACCUACAUGAAUUUGAUCUGACAUUCAUUUUUCCCUUUCCACUAGGCAGGGCAAAAUGACAAAAGUCUAUAAUAUUGUAAACACUUGCAAACUUAAGAAAAAAAAUCAGAAGCUGGACAUCAAGGGAAAAUAACUAGAAAUAGACAACAACUUUUUUUGUAAACCAUAGCCACAAAUGCACUGUACUUUCUUACUCAUUACCUCUUCCUUGUCUUUUAGAUCUCGAUAUAACAUUGGUUGUGAAAGUCAAGAGUUCUUGUUUUCUAUGUUCAGUGUUUGCUAUAGUGUUAAGUGAAAUUCCCUUUUAUUUUAUAGUGAUGACAAAUGGUCGUUUUAAAGUCAUUUUUCCUAAAGUAUAUAGUAGAAAAGGGAGAUAUAUUGUCCUCUUUGCUGGAAGUGGGAAGGCACGUUGGGGUUUAGUUGUCAGAAGUAGGGAGCAAGGGUGUGCCCAGAUGGAAAGGUGGGAGGCUUGUGUACUUCCAGACUCUGCUCCUGAUCCCAGAAAAGAAGAAAGUGUGGGGAGGGCAGAGCGGGUAACUGCGCUUUGCAAAGUUCCUCAGAGGCCAGGCAGUCAUAGGAUAAGAGCGUAAGUGACCGACAAGAUCACCAACUGGUUGAAAAGAUGGCUUUCCAUUUGUUUUUCCUACCCUCUUCCAACUUCCAUCUCAGCUAAAAUUCUGUGAGAAAAUAUGGAAGAAAGGCUAAGAGAUGGCAAAAGACUAUAUGAUUUAACUCAGUGUAGCUGGUUUAACAUUCUCAGAACUAGUAGAUGUCAAUAAUUAUUUUAAAAAUAUACUUCUGUGUUUAUUUGAUGUCUUUAACUUGUAUGUAGUUCUAAGACUUAUUCCUUUCUAUGCUGUUAGUGUAAGUAAUACCUUGUUGAUGAGUCAUAUUUUCUUAAUCUAGUGAUGUCUUAUUUUUUUAUUAUCAAUUCUUCUUCCUCCCCUUUCUGUUUUCCCUUUCACUUCCCCUCCCCCUCCUCCUCCUUUUCCUCCUUUCCAUCUUUGUCAUAAAGUUUUAUUUUGAUUCCACUGUUAAUUUUAUCUCUCCAAUAAGGUUUUAUUAGUGUUUCUUUGGUAACCUCUCAGAGUUCCUACAGUUUAGUCAUUUCCAUAUAUCUUAGACCAUUUAAACCUUGGUUAAUUUCAAACACUAAAAUAGGAAAAUCCUUUAAGUACAUAAAUGCUUAGAUAUGCCCAUAAUUUUUAUAUGCAGUUGUGUUUUGCAUUAAGUUUAAAAAUAGGAGACACAUGUUUAACAUUCAAUAGUAAUCUUGAAAAUUUGAGAAAUAAACCCUUACAAAUACACAAGUUUUUAUAAAAUUAUUACUUGUCAGCUAUUGUUUUUGACAUUUAUAAAUUAGCAGUUGUGAAUUUCAUAUGAUUACUGUAGCCAUGAAUAUUUAUUGAAUUGUGUGACCCUAUGUAGACUUUUUCCAGUGGAACCUUAGGGGAGACACAUCUUAAUAUUCAUAAUGUAUUUUCUAAAUAUAGAAAGUAUACUGUAUCUCAUUCAAAGAUGUCAUCAAUGUAAAACUUACUAUUAUACUCUUUUGCCACUAUAAAAGAAAAUGCUGCAAAUUGUCUAUGAAAUAAUAUUUGUUUUUUAAA